AUGCCGCUCCCACUCCCGACGUCCGCUCUAGACCGCCUUGACGCGCUCGCUGAAAAGUAUGACACACCAUUGCAGCUUUACGACGAGCAGAUGAUUCGCUUGAAUGCGCGGCGCUUGUUGUCCGCCUUUCGCGCACACUUUCCAGAUUUCCAGCAGUACUACGCUGUUAAGGCACUACCCAACCCAGCUAUCCUUAAAAUUCUGUACCAAGAGGGAUGUGGUAUGGAUUGUAGCUCUUCGGCAGAACUGCAUAUUGUUAAAAAAAUUGGCGUUCCAAGCGAGCAGGUCAUCUUCACCUCUAAUUUCACCGCGCAGAAGGACCUUGCGAUAGCUUUUGACCAGGGCGUUAUUAUAAACUUAGACGACCUAUCACUUGUGGAUAGUCUUGUCGAUGUCCGCAACAAGUGCCCCGAUCUUAUCAGUUUUCGGCUUAAUCCAGGCCUUGGUCGUACCGACUCGGAGACAAAAUCGAAUGUACUGGGCGGCCCCGAUGCCAAGUUUGGCGUUCCUCCUUUCCAGAUUAUUGAGGCCUACCGUAAGGCACAGCAGGCUGGAGCUAAGCGCUUCGGUAUACAUAUGAUGACUGGAUCGUGCGUUAUGAAUCAAGAGUACUGGCGUGAGACGGUUACAGUGCUUUUUAACACCAUUGUGCAGCUAAAGAAGGAGCUUAACAUCGAAUUUGAGUUUAUGAACAUUGGCGGCGGUCUUGGGAUUCCUUACCGCGAGAGUGAGGAACCUGCGAAUGUCGAGGCGAUUGCCAAGAUGUUGCGCGAUGUGUUUGAUGAGGCGAUGAAAGAGCAUGGGCUCAAGAUAUUACCGCGCCUUUGCAUGGAAAAUGGACGCUUUAUGACUGGACCAUUUGGCUGGCUGAUUACGCGAUGUGAAGCCAUUAAGGAAACGUAUGGAUGCUACUACGGUGUUGACGCCUGCAUGGCGCAUUUGAUGAGACCCGGCAUGUACGGUGCCUAUCAUCACAUUUCUAUUCCGGCGCGAAAAAAUGAUGAUCUAUAUCCGUCAAAUGUAGUUGGCACACUGUGCGAGAAUAACGACUGGUUUGCGAAAGAUCGCCCCUUGCCCAAAGCGCACGUUGGCGAUUUGUUUGUCAUUCACGAUACCGGUGCUCACUCACACUCGAUGGGUUUUCAGUACAAUGGGAAACUACGCGCUCCAGAGGUUCUUCUGCGAGUGGAUGGUCGUGAGUCACUCAUUCGCGAGCGAGAGACAUAUGAAUCCCUAUUUGGCAACUGUGUGAUGCCUUCGGAUUUGUGA